CUAGUUUCCCCAUUGUUUUCUUACCUAAGAAGAAACGUCUCUCCCAGAAAUGAUUGGGCGAAGUGAAAUAGACUAUGAAGUUUUUCUUGACUGCACACCCCUUCACAAUUAUGUUCCCAACGACCCCAUUCUAGAAGCUAUGCAAAACCAAAGGAAAAGGCUCAAAUCAUUUGAAGGGAAGAGUAGCCAAGUUGAUGAAGCAUCUGUAAAGCAACGAUUCCAUGCACACCAAACCCCUAGGGAGAACAGGGACAAGGUUCCGGCGGUAGCUUCCGAUCAACUUCUGGUCGCUCAGCCGGAAACUAAGGCGGGUCACAAGGGACGACUACAUGAUGAGCGGCCUUCUUGGUUGCCACCCGACUGGCAUGUGGAGAAGGAAACUCGCUUGCAAGGCAAAAAAGCGGGAUGUCUUGAUUCUUUCUUUGUAGAUCCUAUGGGAAAUCGUUUCAGGUCAAAGAAGAAGGUGCUUAGUUUUUUACAAACAGAAGUCUUACCCAGGAGGACGGCGAACAAGAACCCAAAUCCUGCUAUGACGAAUGGUGGUGGUGAGGGAGGUAGAUGGAAGACGCCUGCCGGCUCAAGCUCCAGGAACCUCGCCAUGGAUGAACCCAGAUUUUGCCGACUUGCCCCAGAAGGUACACUGGGUCCCCACACAUUGGAUGAAAUCGAAUAGCUGGGUUGUUGUAGGAAUUUCAUGAUGAAAUGUUUGGAUGCUUGUAGAAGUAUUGAUACUGAUAAAAUAGGACGGUGAAGUAAAUUUUAGUGGAAGUUCAAUUUUUAGUUUUA